GUGUUACUUAAAAGUUUAAAUACUCAGGAUGUUACUACAGUUGAAGCUGUUUUGGGACAUAGUGCAGAGCUACCGUGCAAUGUAACUUCCGAGAAAGAAGAUGACAAACUUAAUAUUUUAGCGUGGUACCGGAACGGCUCUACGACGGCUUUUUACAGUCGAGAUCUACGUGGCGAUGGGAGUGUGAUGUCUUCAGGCGGACGGUACCGGCUGGUGUCGUCUGCAAGCGAGGGUCUGGACAAGUUGCAAAUACUCAGCGUGCGUGCCUCCGACGCAGGACUGUACCACUGCCACGCGGACUUCACCGGUAGCCCCACACUCAAGACGUAUUCGCAAUUAAACGUUAUUGAACCGCCUCAAAGACUGUGGGUCAUUCAUGAGAAUGGGACGCGCGUCACCACAGCUAGUGCUGGAUCUAACACGAGCAGAAAUAUUGGCCCCUACUAUAUUGGCGACACAGUUCAUCUUUUUUGUGUCGUAUUUGGAGGUAAACCACAACCAUCUCUCUCUUGGUGGACGGAACAACGUUUGCUCAAAAACGCUUCCACGCCGCUUUCUGAACAGCGUGUACGCAUCGACUUAAUGUACGGUCCGUUACGAAGAGAAGACCACGGUCGAGUGCUCACUUGCUUCACUAGUAAUAACGAAAAGACGCCGCCGCUUUCCAUCGACGUCACUAUUGACAUGUACUUACCCCCGCAGCUGGUGUCGGUGCGCGCGGUGGGCGAGGGCGCGGCGGCGGCGGGGCGCGUGCACGCGGGCUCCGACCUCGUGCUACAGUGCCGCGUGCUGGGCGCGCGCCCGCUGCCCGCGCUCGAGUGGCGCCUGGGCGACUCUGGACUCGCCAACUUGGAGCAAAAUAUCACGAUCGAGUCGUCGCAGCGGCUGGUGGUGAGCGAGGUGCACCUGAGCGUGACGCACGAGCACGACGAGGCGCUAGUAACGUGCUGUGCACCGGCGAACAGCCGCGAAGCCGAGCGACAAGUGUGCGCACCCGCGCUGCCUCUCACCGUGCUCUACGCUCCUGUAUUAGAAAUUGUUGUCGACGAAGAAUUAAACAACGACACUAUAUCAGUAGUAAAAGGAUCGAGUUUAUCUAUGAACUGCAGUUGUCAGGCGAAUCCGUCCGUGCAUCAGCUGACUUGGUAUCAUGAGGAGACGAUUGAACCCAAAAACGCAGACGGCACGGAAAUUUCUAUCCAGCCGACGCUAACUCUAUCGGAGGUGAGCGAGAGCGACGCUGGGGUUUACUUGUGCGCCGCCGUCAACGAUGAGGGCUUCGCCUACAGCAAACCAAUCGUCGUCGACGUCACGUAUCCACCAUAUUGUGAAGAUGAGAGUGUAGUGGAAUAUGGCGUUGGAGACGAAGAAUGUCUCAACUUGACUUGUAAAAUUAAAGCUAACCCGGUGCCUACAACCUAUUACUGGUUGCUAGUCAGCGAAGUAGAAGGCACGAAGUUGAGAAGUAACCAAUCUGUUACAUUAGAAACUCAAGACUCUACUUUGGUAUAUAGAAGACCAAAUGGAACUACUACUCUUGUGUAUUGUUGGGGCCUGAAUGGAGUAAUAUCUAAUGAGUUGCAACAUAACAGAUGUACAUUUAUGGUCACGGAUGAAACCUCUCCUCGACCACCGUCCGAUUGCGUCGCUUCUAAGAAUCUCUUGAGUGAAAUAACAGUUACAUGUAAACAUGGUCACGACGGCGGUCUGCAACAGAAAUUCAAAUUCACAGCAAUCGAUUUAGAUACUAAAGACCAACUCGUGUCAAUCAUCAAUCAAGAUCCGAAAUUUAUGAUACAGGAGCCAAAACAAGAUAAUUAUAAGUUCGUGGUUGUUGCAUUUAACGAGAAAGGAGAUAGCGAGAGCGUGGAAAUAGAUAAAGCCAGUAUAAUUGAUGAAAGUGCAAAUACUGGGUCGCCGGACAGCAUCAGCGCGGUGACGAACAUCGCGACGCUGGCGCUGGCGCUGUGCGGCGGCGUGGCGCUGCUGGCGCUCCUGGCGUGCGCGCUGGUGCUGUGCGCGCACGAGCGCGCCGCGCCGCCGGCCGCCUGCAACACGGACGAAUCAAACUGCGAAACGUAUCACGACAGCGACGACGGUAGCGAGUUCAACGUGCGACGGACGGAGUCGUUCAGGAGAGCGAUGGCCCGGUACCCGUCGAGGAGCUACGACGUGCAGCGGACGAGCUCGUUCCACUCGGCGCGCUGCGGCCACGAGCCCGAGCGAGCCUGCCGCGUGCACUCGCUGCAGAACAUCAGCCGCAAGAGGGACGCGGACUCGCUGUGCGACCACCUGCUCCUGCACCUGCCGCCCGACACCGGCUACAACGUUCCCAGACCGAUGAACACAUUUUAUACGAUGCCACGUAAGAUGCGUCAGAAAGCCAAAGAAAUAAGCGACGAAACGUCCGAAAUAACUCAAGCCUCCGACGGAUUCUCCCUCCCCCCUCCUCCGGACGAAUUCGGCACCUACCGCGCGGCGACGAGGAUCCGAGACAUGCCUACUAAAUCCACGCCCACCUACACUACUAUCGUGAGGCACAAUUCUAUGGGAAGAGACCCAAAUAAGUACAAUAAUGUUAUUAUUUCCCCUAUGAACACGGUCGGCUUGCCGAGUAUUAGCGGAACACAGAAUAGUGUGUACACGUACCCGGACGAUGAUCAGGUGAAUACAAAUCCAUUUGAAGAUUCACCGUAGUCAAAUAAUUCUUUUUUUACCGUUUAGGUGACAAUUAAUUAAUUAUAUUGUUUCAUAGGACUUGCAUAAUUUUGGACUAAUUGAAUGUAAAUAUACAUAUUUUUAAUUUUUAUUAUUAUUUGCAUUUGGUUGUAGUAUAUUAUUGCAUUGAAGAGUAGAAAUAAUAAUACAGCUUUUGAUUGGGUGAUAAUUUAUUUACAAAAAUAGAAAUCACAGUGUUCUGCCUGGCAGAAUCACAACACUAUUGGCUUUUUAUCUUGUACGUGCACAUAAUUAGUAGUAAGUAAAUAUAGCGAUGCAUUGAAUGUAUAUAGCACUUAAACUAAGGAAUAUGAGAAUAUUUUUAAAUUAAGUGAUUAAUUUAUCAGUCACUGCCAUCGCGAAAAUCAGUAGUACAUGUAAUUCUGGUAAUUUAUCAUUAUGUAAAAUAUUUGAUACAAAAAUAUUAAUUUUUAUGAUGUACUGCAAUGGUAUUUAACAAUAUAUGUAAAUUAUUUA